AUGGUAGCAAAACCUUCCCUUUCACAAGGAAGUGACAAUUUAUUCUCUGAUGCAAAGUUAUAUCAUAGCCAUGUGGGAGCCUUACAAUAUCUUACUCUAACAAGACCUGAUAUUUCUUAUGCUGUCAACAUCGUAUGUCAACAUAUGCAAGCACCAACAAAUGCUCACUAUCAGAUGGUCAAAAGGAUACUCAGAUAUGUGAAGGGUUCUUUGAGUCAUGGCAUGCGAAUUUUAGCUCACAGUACACUUGAUCUAUAUGAAUUCAGUGACGCAGAUUGGGCAGGUUGUAAAGAGACUCGUCGUUCUACUGCAGGCUAUUGUACCUUUUUGGGUGCAAAUUGUAUUUCUUGGAGUGCUAAGAAACAACCCACAGUGUCCAGGUCAAGCGCUGAAGCAGAAUAUCGAGCCUUAGCUUCAACUACUGAUUUUCCAGUCGCAACUGCACUUUUAUUUUGUGACAAUAUGGUUGCACUUCACAUGAUAGUUAAUCCGGUCUUCCAUGCUAGAACUAAGCAUAUAGAGAUUGAUUAUCAUUUUGUAAGGGAGAAGGUCGCUCUUGGUUCUCUUGUCACGCGCUUUGUUAGUUCCAAACAGCAGCUUGCUGAUCUCUUCACCAAGCCUUUACCUAGAGAUCAAUUCAAUGUGUUGAAAACCAAACUUGGUCUUCUGCAACAAACCCAGACCAGUUUGAAGGGGAGUAUUGAAGAAAAGGAAUUGAAUGAGGAUAAUUGA